AUGAGAUUUGGAAGAUUUCACAUUCCGGCCAAUCACAUCUUUCUUCGGACCGCCAAGAGCGCUGCCUUUGUCAAUUUGAGGCCUAUUGUUCCGGGACAUGUGCUAGUCAUGCCGGAAACCAUUGUUCCCACCAUGGCGGAAUUGUCGACGGAAGAAUAUACCGAUUUGUGGUUGGCCGUCCGACAAGUCCAAGCCGCACUCGCCACGGAAUUCCAAGUGGAUGCCUUCAAUGUGGCCGUCCAAGAUGGCCGAGCCGCAGGACAAUCAGUCCCACAUGUCCACGUACAUAUACUGCCCCGCAAGAGUGGAGAUUUUGAACGCAAUGACGAUGUCUAUGAAGAAUUGGAUGCCUGGGUCCCAAAAGAGGGCAUACUCAAGGAAAAGGGGACAAUUGAUGUGCCGGAUGAUGAGGAUCGAGAGGACCGAACGCUGGAAACCAUGGCGGCGGAAGCUGCCAUAUACAAACGAAUAUUAGGAGGUCUUGAUCACGACGCCAAGCUAUAA